AUGGCCGGCUCCGAUGGAAAAGUCAGGGAGGAAGAGCAGCACCACGCGAGCGCCCUUGAAGUGGCGCCUUUCGAUCUCAAUGAUUUCACCAUAAUCAAAGAAGGGGAGGCAGAAAUUUUAAUGCACGUGAAAAACGAAGUCUUCUAUAACAAAACCCAGGUUAAUAACAGAGACAUGUCUAUUGCUGUUUUGAGAACCUUUAUAGCAAAGCGCAAAGAAGAACAUGAAGCAUUGUUGUCCAAGAAAAGGAAAACUGGGCCUGAAGUUGCAGGGGAGCCUGCCGUCGAGCACGAAACUGUAACGGAUACCUCAAUUAUUUGCAAGGACAAAUCGAAUGGGGAAUGCGAAGUUUCUCAAGAGGUGCCGCAAGACGAACCCACCUGCACCUCUGUAGAUAAACCUUCAAAUCAAUAUGGAAAAAGCCCAAGAGAACUAACACUAAAGCCUCCCCGAGUUUUGGAGGCAUUGUCUGCUUCUGGACUCAGAUCCUUAAGAUAUGCCCGUGAAGUAGAUGGAAUUGGCCAAGUGGUGGCCGUGGACAAUGAUAAAUCGUCUGUCGAAGCUUGCAGGAGGAACAUUAAAUUUAAUGGCUCGGUGGCAUGCUCGAAGGUUGAGUCGCAACUUGCUGAUGCUAGAAUUUACAUGCUUACCCACCCGAAAGAAUUUGAUGUGGUUGAUCUCGAUCCUUACGGUUCACCAUCUGUUUUCCUGGACUCUGCUGUUCAGUCAGUUGUAGAUGGAGGCAUCUUGAUGUGUACAGCAACUGAUAUGGCCGUGCUCUGUGGGGGCAACGGUGAGGUCUGCUAUUCCAAAUACGGGUCUUACCCUUUGAGAGGAAAAUAUUGCCAUGAGAUGGCAUUGAGGAUCCUUCUUGCAUGUAUUGAAAGCCACGCAAAUCGGUAUAAGCGGUACAUUGUUCCCGUGCUAUCUGUUCAAAUUGAUUUCUAUGUACGAGUUUUUGUGCGUAUCUAUACUUCUGCUGGUGCAAUGAAGAACACUCCCUUGAAAUUAUCAUAUGUUUAUCAAUGCACAGGCUGUGAUUCUUUUCAUCUUCAGCCUAUUGGGAAGACCGUUUCUAAGAACAAUAGCACGACCGUGAGAUAUCUUCCCGGGUUCGGUCCAGUUGUUACCAAAGAAUGCACCGACUGUGGCAAGAAAUACAAUAUGGGUGGGGGCCCAUAUGGUCUGCACCAAUCCACGAUCAUGAAUGGGUGA